AUGGAGGAAGAUCGAUUGGGAAUGUCGAUAACAGGUGAUGUUACUGAGAUUAUCAAGGAUACAAAUGGUGUUAUCGGUAUAUCAAUCGGUGGAGGUGCACCAUAUUGUCCUUGUAUCUAUGUGGUACAGGUUUUUGAAAAUUCACCGAUGGCUUUGAAUGGACAAAUUCAAGCCGGUGACGAAAUUAUUAGUGUAAAUGGUAUUUCGGUAAAAGGAGAAGAUAAAACGGCGAUUGCAAAGAUGAUUCAGGAAGCGGAAGGAUCUGUUAAACUUGGAUUCAAUGUUCUUCAUGCUGAAAUAAUAGAUGGACAUACACUAGACAUAGCGUUGAAGAAGAUGAAACAUCGUGUGGUAGAAUCAAUAACUACCGAAACUGCUGAUGCAUUGGGAUUAUCUCGAGCAAUUUUAUGCAAUGAUCUUUUACUUCAGAAAUUAAAUCGUUUGGAACAAUGCUCACAAUUAUACAAGAAACUUAUCAAACAUCUCAGUGCUCUACUUAAUUCUCAUUAUCAUAUUGCCAAAACUCAAAAAGAAUUUGGUGAUUUAUUCUGUCAGAUAGCAGCACGAGAAAGCUCUACAACAACCAAUAAAGCAUUGCUAACAUUUGGCAAUAUGCAUCGAACCAUUGAAAAGCAUACCGUAAAAUUGGUAAAAAGUCUACAUCCAAUAGUGCGUGACCUGAAAACAUUUGUUGAAAAAGCAAUUCCGGAUACAAAACUAACUCUAAAGAAAUACCUAGAUGCUAAAUUUGAAUAUUUGGCAUUUUGUUUAAAGUUGAAAGAAAUGGACGAUGAAGAAGUAGAAGCAGCUAGUUACGAUGAGCCGUUGUAUCGUGUUGAAACGGGUAAUUAUGAAUACAGGCUGAUGCUGCGCUGCCGACAGAAUAGUCAUGAAAAAUUCAUGAAGUUAAGGAGGGACGUCAUGGAAAAGUUGGAAUUAUUGGAUCAGAAACAUGUGCAAGAUAUAGGCAUUCAUUUAUCAAGUUUUGUGAAAGCUAUAAUGGAAACACACGCGGAAUGUCGAGAUGCGAUUUCCGGAGCAAAUGGAUUAUUUCCGAUUGAUAUUGACCUCGAGCAAAUCAUCCACCGAUACAAUACUAGCGGUCGACUGGAGGAAGAAGAGGAAGAGAUUGAUAAGAUGGAAAUAGUGGAGGAGCAGAAAUCCGAGGAUCUGCUGGAUUUAUCUUGA